UAGUUUUCCAAAGUGGCUUGCACACGACCGCAUUGUAGUUGUGCGCUGUCCUUUUAUAUUUCAAUAGACUAUUCUCUUACGGAAUUUUCGGUUCUCUAAACGAAUAGUCGAACUAUUGUUCGUUCUGGUUCGGAGACGGAGUGUGACAGCAUGAGGUCCGUUGUGGGUCUCGUUGUGCUCAUGCUCGCACUGGCCUCCGUUUUCGCUGCAGAUGAGUCCUGUGUUAAUCGAUGUAACACUUUCAACCCCAUGAAGAAAUGCCAGUGCGACUCCAUGUGCAUGUAUUAUGAGAGCUGCUGUAUGGACUACAACACCGCCUGCCAAAAGAAAAUUGCUCGUGGAGACACCUUUGAACAACCAGAGGAUCUGGUUUCUACAACCAUUGAACCAAUCACUUUUCCCCCUAACACCACCACCAUCCCCACCACCACCACCACCACCAGCACCACCACGCAGGCUCCCACUCCUCCCCCAGACCCAGACGCUGUUCCCUGCAGUGGGCGGCCCUUUGACGACUUCCUGCAGCUGAAAAAUGGGUCCAUCUAUGCCUUUAGAGGCGAUUAUUUCUUUGAGCUGGAUGAGAGGGCAGUAGUCCCUGGUUACCCCAAACUCAUCAAGGACGUGUGGGGGAUCUCUGGACCGAUCGAUGCUGCUUUCACACGUAUAAAUUGCCAGGGCAAGGCUUAUAUCUUCAAGGGCAAUAAGUACUGGCGCUUUGAGGAUGAUGUUCUGGAUGAGGACUAUCCACGUGACAUCUCGGUAGGCUUUGAGAAGGUUCCAGACAACGUGGAUGCAGCCUUUGCUAUUCCUGCACCUGGUGACCAUGGCAAAGAGAAGGUUUACUUCUUCAAAGGGGACCAGUAUUACCAGUAUGAGUUCAAGCACCAGCCGUCCCACGAGGAGUGCGUGACCAUGACCCGAUCUGCCCCCUCCGUGCUCUUCACACGCUACACAGACUUGUACUGUGACGACACCUGGGAGAGCCUCUUCAGGCAGCUCUUCCAAGGCUUGGAGGGUCACCACAAAGGGCCGCACUUCAUCAGUAAGGACUGGGUAGGCAUCAAGCCCCCUGUAGACGCUGCCAUGGUGGGACGGCUCUACGUCAGCCCCAAGCCUGGCCCGUCGUCCUCCCCGGACCCCCCGUCUCCACGACGGAGGCCCAACAAGAAGAGGGGGCCCAAGAGAAGGAAAAACAAACGAGGCAGAUACAGCCGCUCUCUGCUGGAUGAACUUUUAAGCUCGUUUUACGAUGAAAGGACAGAAUUUGACCAUCAGUACACUUACGAUGACUACAGCAACUACGACACCACAGUGCUGGAGAAAAGCAUGCCUGUACAGAACGUCUACUUCUUUAAAAAGGAUAAGUACUACAGGGUGGACCUCCAGACCAAACGUAUUGACUUUGCCAAUCCGCCCUACCCACGAUCCAUCGCCAAAUACUGGCUGGGGUGCAAACGCGAGUCACUGGCAGAGAAGAGAUAGACAGUAUGAUGGCGCAUGACAGAUGUGACAUGAAGAGACAUAAUAUAGCUUUAACUCAUUAUUAUUAACACAUUUUAAAUACAAGGUAGAAACAUGCUGUAUAUUCUUGUUCUAGUUUCAGUAAUUGAGUGAUCACAAAAUAAAACUAAACUAUUUACCUUCUUUGAGUAA